CGUGCGCCGAGCCAGGUCCCGGACCUGCGAGGAUGGCGGGUCCGCGAGUGUUCCCGCUGUCGUGCGUGGUGCAGCAGUACGCCUGGGGGAAGACGGGCGCCAGCAGCGAGGUGGCGCGGCUGCUGGCCAGCAGUGACCCGUCGGCCCGGAUCUCCGAGGACCAGCCCUACGCAGAGCUGUGGAUGGGGGCACACCCCCGGGGGGAUGCCAAGAUCCUCGGGUCACAGAAGACCUUAGGCCAGUGGAUUGCUGAGAACCAGGACUGCCUGGGCUCCAAGGUCAAGGCCACCUUUCACGGCAAGCUGCCCUUCCUCUUCAAAGUGCUCUCGGUGGAAACGGCCCUGUCCAUCCAGGCGCACCCCAACAAGGAGCUGGCAGAGAAGCUGCACCUCCAGGCUCCGCAGCACUACCCCGACGCCAACCACAAGCCCGAGAUGGCCAUCGCCCUCACCUCCUUCCAGGGCUUGUGCGGCUUCCGGCCAGUGGAGGAGAUCGUGGCCUUUCUUCAGAAGGUACCCGAGUUCCAGUUCCUGAUCGGAGACGCCGCGGCCACGCAGCUGCAGCAGAGUGUGGGCAGCGGCUCCCAGGCCGUGGCCUCGGCGCUGCGGCGCUGCUUCUCCCAGCUCAUGACCAGCGAGAAGAAGGCGGUGGUGGAGCAGCUCAACCGGCUGGUGAUGCGCAUCUCCCAGCAAGUGUGUGCCGGGAACCACAUGGAGGACGUCCACGGGCAGCUCCUGCUGCAGCUGCACCAGGAGUACCCGGGAGACAUCGGCUGCUUCGCCAUCUACUUCCUGAACGUGCUCACCCUGAAGCCGGGGGAGGCCAUGUUCCUGGAGGCCAACGUGCCCCACGCCUACCUGAAAGGAGACUGCGUGGAGUGCAUGGCGUGUUCAGACAACACGGUCCGCGCUGGGCUCACGCCCAAGUUCAUCGACGUGCCCACCUUGUGUGAGAUGCUCAGCUACAGCCCCAGCCCCAGCCAGGACCGGCUCUUCCACCCAGCACGGAGUCAGGAAGACCCCUGCCUCAGCAUCUACGACCCCCCCGUGCCGGACUUCACAGUCAUGAAGAUGGAGGUCCCUGGCUCUGCCACUGAAUACAAGGUGAUGGCCCUGGACUCAGCCAGCAUCCUCCUGGUGGUGCAGGGGACAGUGACCGCCAGCUCGCCCACUGCCCCGGCGGCCAUCGCCCUGCGGCGCGGCGGGGUGCUCUUCAUCGGGGCCAACGAGAGCGUCUCACUGCGGCUCACCGUGCCCGAGGACCUGCUCUUGUUCCGUGCCUGCUGCCUGCUGUAGGCGCAGCCCAGCUCUCCUCCGCCAGUGGCCUUUGGGCCCCCGCCCUGACGGCCGUGCCCCGGAGGAGUGGCUUGUAGGUGGUGACUGCGGAGCGCGCCCAGGCUGGCCAUCUGCAGUAAGGGCCAUGCACCACUCGUAGUCUCGCCCCACACCUGGCCAGGCCCUAGGCUCGGGAGGCAGCAGCCUGCUCUGGCCCACGUCAGCUGUGUGUUAGCUUAGCCCCGUCACGUGAGGCCAGGCGGCGUCUGAGGAGUCCCCACCAGCCCACCCACUCCCCCAGCCGCAGGAAGAGGAAGCCUGUGGACUGCUGCCUACAGAGCCAUUAAAGAUCACUCGUGUGGAGCUGUGGGUGGACAGCGUGCGGCCCUGGGCAUUCCCGUCCUGGAGCGAGCAGGG